AUGAAGUUUCCAAAAAAGAAGUUGGGCAUGGAUUGGUGGAAUGCGCGAAGGCGGCGCCCUAAAGAAGAAGAAGCAAGCGAAAAUAACUCUGGCACGGAACCGAAAAACAGCAAUGCGACAGUAGGCAUUCUACUUCAAGACUAUUCCUCCGUGACGGCCACUGCGUGUGGGACAGCAGAGAGAUAUCUGAGAUAUUGUGCCUCAGAUGCAAGGGAAGAAUACUGGAAAACCUUUUGGGAUGAAAAACUUCCGAAAGAUGCCCAGUUCCGGCUGCUACAAGUGCACUUUCUGCGAAAGGACGGACAGCGCAUGACGGCCGCAAUCCCAGUGCGUGCGUGCAUGACAGUGGGCGACUUGCUGCGGGGGGUCCAGCGGAUUCCCUCGUUCUCUGGGUCCACGUUCCAAAAGGGUCACUUGUUGUUUGUGAUCAAUGGUUGGCGGGUCUUGCACCUCCCGGACGGUUGGAACAGCGAAGGCAUCUCCACAGAACAAUUAUUCAAUACUCUGAACCAAGAUAUCGGCUCAUUGCACGUAUUGCAGGGGAUUAGCCCUGGUGCAACAACAGAACCCGAGCCAUUCAUGGGGGUCUUCCCCUAUCGAUACCGAGUUUCCGAAAUCUCAGUCCUACUGAUCCACUGCAUCAUUGUGAUCCCAUUGAAGUUGUUGUCCAGACACAACAAGGUUGAUUCUUUCAAGUGCAAUGUCGAAAAUCCGACAGAAGGUGAGACUGGAAAGAUAGAUUCGAACGAAUACGUAUCCCUCGAAGUUGCGCUGGCUCCAUAUGAUACUGUGGAUGGCAUCAAACGACUCAUUGAACGCAAGACUGGUUUGCCCAUGAAGAUUCAAAGGUUAGCCCAUGGGGACGCAGAGCUGCAUGGCUUUGUCCGUCUACGCGAAGUAAUGCCCAAUGUCUGCGAGAGGACAUUCCAACCACUACUGAAGGUCAUGGAUUCACCCUAUGCCUUUGUCGUCCGCACAUUGUCUGGCGAAACCAUGCCAUGGUAUCGGACCACAAGCACGAUCACACUCUUUGAAUUGAAGCAGACCAUCGCGCGAAAGACCAAAAUACCCGUGGAAACCCAGUUCCUCAUGUUUCGCGGACGGGAACUAACGGUAGAGGAUCAAAUCGCUGAUUGUGAUAUUCAGGAGGGUUCUGUUGUGCAUUGUAUGGCUAUUCCUGAGGAAGACCCUUAUGGGUACUGCCCCAAUGGACAAGGGAGUAUCAGCCAUCUCUACACCUUGCAUGGGGGUACAGGAAAGGAAUGUGGAUAUGUUCAGUUUCCAGAGCUUGAUCAGGGGGGCUUGCCUGUUGCUGCAAUUGUUGCCAUUGCACUUACCCCAGUCUUGCUGGUGGUGGCAGUUGGAAUGGUAUAUCACAUUCGCCAACUUAAGCAACAGGAAAGGCGCAUGAAAAAGAGAUUCAUCCAACAACUAGCUCGGAAUAUUGACAUUGGUGAGAGUGCCAGAGAAAUAUCAGCUCAAAAACUCUCAGAAGCCUUCCAGCACAUUGGUGGCCAAGAUGGCCUCAUUAGCAAGGAGGAUUUGGCAAAAUGGAUGAAUGAUUUGCACUUGGACUUUCUGAGCGAGCAAGACUUCAACAGGCUUUGGGAUGCCAUGGACAUGGCUGGGACUGGCUAUGUGGAUCCGAUUGACUUCUUUGCUUUCCUGAAUGCUUGUGGAGAAGAAUUCAAAGAAGUAAACCAGGAAUGGGAUGCUCUACCAAAAUCAGAAAAGAUGAAACUGGCAAUGCUUCGGUUGUCCAAUAUCAAGGAAAAGGGAGAAGAGGAAGUACAGAAAAUGCAGCGUCGGCAUAACAAGCGAAGUCGCAUGCAGAUGCCUGGUUUGGCAAAAGGAAAUCCCCUGGGGGCAUCUGGAGCUGAUACAUCAUUCUUUUCGGAAUUGUCUCAGUUAUAA